AUGUCUCGCCUGCUCCUCCAGCCUCGUCGUGCCCUCACCACCAUCAAGCUCCACCCGAGACCAUCUCUCCCGGCGCGGCGCCAUCACGGCACCGUCUCCACCACCACCCCGCGCAAAGUCGCCGCCCGCAUCCCGCCCGACUCCUGGGACUCGCACAUGCACGUCACGGACCCAGCCUACCCGCUCGCGCCCACCGCCGCCUACACCCCACCCCUGCACACCCUCUCCUCCGCCCUCGCCCUCACCUCCGGCGCCUACACCAUCCGCAACCUCGUCCUCGUCCAGCCCUCCAUCUACGGCGCCGACAACAGCUGCCUGCUCUCCGCCCUCUCCCAGCUCGGCCCCUCCCACGGCCGCGCCGUCGUCGGCAUCGACCCGGCCGGCGCCGCGCCUUCGCAGCAGCAGCAACAGGAACAGGAAGAAAAGAUGCUCGCCUGGCACGCCCUCGGCGUGCGCGGCGUGCGCCUGAACCUCAAGUCCGUCGGCCGCGCCCCGAGCCUCGCGCAGCUGCGGGCCGACGUCGCCGCGCACGCCGCCGCCAUCCCGCCGCCGCUGCGCGCCGCCUGGGUGCUGCAGGUCUACUGCGCGCUCGACGCCGUCCCGCUGCUCGAGCGCGUCGUCGCGGGCGGCGACGAGGCCGCGGGGGCGGCGCUCCCGCCCGGCGUCAAGCUCUGCAUCGACCACUUUGGGCACCCGGCGCUUCCAUCGUCGUCGACGGAUUCAGAUCCGGAUCCGUACGACCUUCCCGGCUUCGACGCGCUGAUGCGGCUGCUGAGGGCGGGGCGCACGUGGGUCAAGCUGAGCGCGGCGUAUCGGAUCGAGCGGGGCGAAGGGCUGCCGUGGCUGGGGGCCAUGGCGAGGGAGCUGUUGAGCGUCAGGGAGGGGGGCAGGUGCGUCUUUGCGACGGAUUGGCCGCAUACGCGCUUCGACGGCGUGGAUGUGGAGCCGUUUGUGGAGAAGUGCUUGGAGUGGUGCGGUGGAGAUGAGAAGAAGGUGGAGAGGCUGUUUAGGGGGAAUGCGGAGGAGUUGUGGGAUGUGAAGCGGUAG